UUUUGAUAACAAAAAAAAACAUGAGACUCAGGGAUAGAUUUCAACAGGAUUCAUUCAAACCAAAUUAUAACUCUGACACAAUCAGUUUUACCAAUUCACAAUGGUUACAACAGUUGCUGUUGAUUGCGAUGCGUUUAAAUAAUGCUUCCAAUAUUCAUGAAAACAUAUCAUCUCCAGGAAACACCACCAGUACUAAUAGCAGCAGCAGCAUGCACAUUGGUGUGGAUAAUACAACAACAACAACAACAGAAUCAACCACCACUGGUUGUAUUAUUUUGGAAUUGUAUGAUAAAAAUCCUACUUUUCUUUAUGAUCAAGAUGAUUUUCAUGACAUUGAUUAUUCUGUAUUGAAAAUGCAAAUUAUUGUUUGGACACAAAAACAUUUAAAACCGGAUGAUUUAUUUAUGGAUUGGUUUGAAACAGUCAAUCGACAAAUUUAUCAGAAUAAAAAAAUUCAUACUAAAAAAGAUCAUUUGAUUAGUCAAGAUAAUGAAUUAUCAAUUACUAAUGUAACAUUUUGUACAGAAAAUUUAAGAAAAUUAAUGAUUGGUAAUGAUCAACAGAUUUUCGAUGAAUUCCAUACUUAUAAUUUAAAUCAUGACAUACAAUAUGUUAAGAAUGAAACAAAAUCUGAUAAAUAUGGCGGAAAUGAAGUGCAAAUUUUGGUUGUAAUUACUCUUUGUUCUGUACUCAUAAUCUGCUUUCUGAUGGCAGUUGUUUUACGUAUUAGAAGCUUUUGUAAACGUCAAAGUGAAUCAAGAAAACAAAUGCGUAAUGAUCGUGAUUCAGCUAUACAAAUAAAUUUCCCGUAUGAUGUGAAUGAAAUACAAGCAGUGGAAAAAUUACCUGUACCUAGUACAACAUUUGGCAGUAAUGUACCUCCUGGACCAGUAACAAAACGUAAAGGUAUUUGUAGAUACAAUCGUAUACCACAAUCAAGUUAUAAUUCAAUGCAAAGCUAUAACAGAGUAUUCAAUGCCCACACAUAUCAACCAUCUACGGUUUUUGUAAUCAACUAUCAUGACACUGAUCAUUUCAAAGAAUCUCAUGAUCAAUAUCCAACAAAUAAUGAAUUUCAUCGUCGAUAUUUAUUACACUCUAAACAAUCGGACAAUUUGAUCCAUGCCUCGCCAAAUCAAACAAUAAAUCUCAAAUCUACACUAAAACCAUUCAAGAACAAUGUGGAACAUCAAAAUAAAAUAAUCAUAAAAUCAAUGGGACGAAAUAAUUGUUUGAAUAAACCAAUUCAACGAACUAAUAGUUUUUAA